AUGAAAGAGCAGACCAGUGCUUAUUCUAGUAAUAUAGACACUAAAGAAAACUUUGAAGUUUAUUAUCAAGAAGAACUUGAGAAAAUCUAUAUACUUGAAAAGCAAAUAGAACAGAUGCAUUACAAUAUAAAAUUGGCAACAAAAUAUAGUAUCAAGUAUUCUAUUAAACCUACAACUACUACUCAUGUAAAGUUGCCUAAGGACAAUUCUAAGUUAGUUGCUAAAAGACGAUCAGGUGAUAUAGACUGGUCUUCAAGUGAUUCUGAACAGCUUAUUUCUAAAGUAAAUGAAUAUAAUUACUAUAAAAUUUUAUAG